AUGAAGCGUGGCAUGCAGCCAUCGAAACGCCCUGAACUGAGCACUUCAGCGGACCUUCACCAACAUCAACAGCAGCAGCCUGCAACAACCAAGGCCUGCGAGUGCACCGCCCAGGCCUACAUCUGCCACGGCUGCCUCUCCAAGCCGGAGCUGAACGUCCCCAGAGCGGGCACCCCUGGCUUUCGCGCCCCGGAGAUUCUCCUUCGGAGCGGCAAGCAGACCGCCAAGCUGGACAUCUGGUCGGCGGGCGUCAUCUUCGCCAGCAUCCUCAGCGGCCGCUAUCCCUUCUUCCGCACCAUGGACGACAUGACCUGCCUCGCGGAGAUCGUCACCAUCUUCGGCUCGAGUCGGGUGAAGCGGGCGGCCGCCGCCCUCGACAAGUGCCUCAUCAUCUCCGGCGGCAAAGGCGGCAGUGGCGGGCGCAAGCUGCCGCCCAUUGACCUGAAGGACCUCUGCACUAAGCUGCGCGCCUCGCUGGAGGCCGCCCAGCCCGCCGAGGUGCUGGUCGGCUUUGAGGCGCCCGACAGCGCCUACGACCUGCUCGGCCACCUCCUCGACCCCAAUCCGAACAGUCGCUUCUCGGCGGCCGAAGCCCUCAACCAUCCCUUCUUCAAGGAGAAGGGCCACAGUCUGAUUAACCUCAUCGUCGAAUGA